CUCUGGGUCCCAGCUACUUCCUCUUUUGCUACGUAUCAGUGCUGACAACACUAUUUACUUUCCACCAAAUGCUUAGAAGAGGAGUUAUGAAGAGCUAAACCUCACAACGUGUCUACAGCGGUGUUUUAAUAUUGUUUCAGACUUCAUGAGGAUUUGAAGAUUUAAUCAGCCAUGGAUGGAGACUUGCUGUCUUUGUCAUCUUCGUCAUCAUUAACAUCCUCAGCAGCAGCAGCAGCAGCAGAGACACAGAAAGAUAAUUCACCUAAAAGUAACAGCAGCCUCUCUCAGAGCCAACAGAAGCCCAAUUCAGCUGAAGCAUUAUGGACAGAGGAUGUGAGCCCUGCGGGUGACAGGCUACUGUCCACAGAGGAGCAAGUCACUCUAAUCACUGAGAGUAUGACAGUUACCUCCACUGACCAGGAGAAACUGCUGCUGCUUAACAAGAACACUGAGCUCCGCAGAGUCAACAAAGAGCUGAUGAAGCUGAAUGAGGACUGGGACCAGGUGUACCGCAGCGCCACACUGGGUCUACAGCACAGACUGGAGGCUUUGGAGCUGGAGAACACUGCCAUCAAACAGCUCAACAGUAGACUGCUGGUCAAAGUAGAGCACCAACAGAGUGCAAAAGAGUACUAUGAGCAGGCUUUGAUGCAGGAGCUGAAGAAGAACCAGGAGCUGCAAGAAUACAUCAGGCUGCUGGAGAGCAGGAUGCACCACCAAGAGAGAGCCUGCACACCUGCCAAACAGGGCACCUUCAAUGCUGUGGUAAGCAGUCCUGUGUCGUGCCCCACCAGUAAUCCACCCAGAGGACCCGAACUUUCACCCAGCCAUGUCUCUGGAUACAACCCUUCACCCUCCUUUUUCCCACAUUCUUCAAGCCCAAAGGCAGGGUGGCGGGGGAAAAGCCAGAACGGCAGUACCCCACUGGGAGUACUGGGAGACUCCCAGCAAGAAGUACAGGAUCUAAAAGAGCAACUGCAGGCACUAAGAUGUCAGACCCAGAUUUAUGAAGCAGAAUAUCAGACGGAGCAUAACGACCACAAACACACACUGCAGGAGAACCGGAGGCUGAGGAAGAAGAGGGAGGAGAUGCACCAACAGGUGGAACUACUGCAGGAGCAGCUCAAGGUGUACGAGGAUGACUUCCGAAGGGAGCGGUCUGACAAACAGAUGCUUCAGCGGCUGUUGUUAAAGAAAACGCCUUCAAAUAAGGAUCCAGUGCUUAUCCACCGCUGCAAUAAUGAACAGCAGCCUCUAGGAGGAGACAAGAGGACACAAAGUGGAGAGAAAAGAAAACAGCACCACCCGCUCUGCCCCAACCACCUCAACCGGGACAAGGAGUCAGACUGAGGCUCAGAGGGAGCCGUGAUCAUGCACACACAGUACAUGAAGUGCAUGAGCAGGGCUUUAAACUUGGGAAAAUGAAAAUCAUUCAUAUGUCAAUGAUUUGUGAUCACUCUCAUUUGGAAAACCAGCACAUCGAUGUUAAAGAGGAUUCUCUUAAAUUGGACUCUACGUGCCAUUUUAGAGCUGAAUUUUCAGAUGUCCAUCCUUCUCUGUCAAACAGCAGCAUUGUAUGAUUAAUGCUGACAGUAAAUAGCAUGUAGUAACAUGAACUACAUGAACAAGUCUGGUGUCAAAUGCUUCACUUGUUUUUCCAUGUUUCUCCUUGGUAAGCUUGAUAAAAACAAUGAAAGGUUAAAUAUAAAUUGUACAUUAUUAGCGAGUUUCAGUUUUUCAUGUAACAAAAACAGUUACUAACUUUGUUAUCUUUGGUUCCUAUAUAUAUAUUUAAUGUAUCUAAAAUAAUUCCUUCUAAUAUAUAACUUUCUCCAAAGUUAAGUUUCUCCAUGUACUCUGAUGUGGAUAGUAACUUCUUAUAUUUUAAAAAGCUAUAAAUUGUCAGAAUAAUCAAAUAAAUAGUAAGAACUGGUCUAAUCGUGCAGGUGGUUUAUUACCUGGUUCAACAGGAGGAAGCUCCCCACAUUUAUCAUUGUAUGUAUGGUAUUUGUUUCUUUACUGGAUUUCUUUGAAGUCUGUAAAAUGUUUUCCUCUCAGUCUCCUUGU